UCAACAAUGUGUUGGGAAAAUUAUUCAGUAGUAGUCAUUUUUGGUUUGUUUUUGUUUUUUGUACACAGAUUUUUAAUGCUCCUGCUGUGCCUUAUUGUCAGUAUCCUUGCAACAGUGGAUACCAAAACUACCGUCAAUGGUGUUAUCGUCAGAUCAAACAUGUACAUCACAUGCAAUCACCUCGUCUUUGCAAUGGAAAUAGUAAUAGUAAUCAUCCUCUCCGUAGAAUGUGCGUUAAGAAUAUGGUCAGCAGGCUGCAGAAGUAGAUACCAGGGUCAUUAUGGUAGACUUCGCUUUAUUAGGAGACCACUCUGCAUAUUAGAUAUUGUGGUUGUUUUAGCAUCGGUGCUGAUUUUUGCUGUCGGCACACGAAAUGCAAAAUUCAUGGAACCAGCAUUCCGGGGACUACGCUUCCUUCAAAUUCUGCGAAUGGUACGAGUGGACAGACGGGGCAGCACGUGGAAACUACUUGGUUCAGUCGUCUGGGCACAUAGACAGGAGCUUCUAACGACGUGGUACAUAGGUUUCUUAGCGUUGAUAUCAAUCUCAUUCCUGGUAUAUACAAUGGAGCAUGAUAUUAACCCCAAAGAUUAUGAGACGCUACCUGAUGCUCUUUGGUAUGGCGUGGUAACCUUAACAACAGUAGGCUAUGGUGAUAAGACACCAGAGAGUUGGGCAGGGAAACUGUCUGCUGCAAUUUUAGCCGUUUUUGGCGUGUCAUUUUUCGCACUUCCAGCGGGUAUUCUAGGUUCAGGUUUUGCUCUCCAAGUCCAGCAGCAACAGAGGCAGAAACACUUUGCCAGGAGGCGGCAUCCAGCUGCCAUGCUUAUACAGUGCCUGUGGCGAUGUUAUGCAGCAGAUCCCAACUCAUGUUCCAUGGCAACGUGGAAACCACACUUAAAGCCAGUACAGAGUCCCACCACCAAUAAUGUGCAAACCAGAGGCAACAGACACAGUAGUUUUCGCACAAACAACCUUAUUUCUCGACUGUCAAUCAAGAGGAGUACUAACAGCCCCAUGCUGCAUCGGAACAGCGACCGGGUCAAAAAGGGCGUGAACGGAAUCUACGACGAAGACGAGAAGAAGUUAGACAUAUCCAGCGGACAGUAUGGGGAGAAUGAUUCCAUGCGAUCCAGAGGAUCACAUCGAUACCACACACAGCAUUCACAAGAACCAGUUGGACUGACCAAACUGACCGAAGCCCACAAGAAUGCCAUCCGUGCUGUCCGUAAAAUCAAGUACUUUGUAGCCAGACGGAAAUUCAAGGAGGCAUUCAGACCGUACGACGUCAAGGAUGUGAUUGAACAGUAUUCAUCAGGCCAUGCCGACAUGCUAGCCAGAAUAAAAAGCUUACAAGCAAGCACCUCAGCAGAUAAUAUUUUAAGAUUGGAUAACAUAUUGGGAAAACCUGGCCAGCAGGAUCGCCGUCCGAAAGGUCGUGGCAGUAGUGAUCUGGAGCUGUUUGAUCCAAGUAUAAGUUUGUUAUCACGUGUUGUCAAAGUUGAGAGGCGAGUGACGCUUAUCGAUCGGAAACUAGACAUGCUGAUAGAGCUGUACCGAGACGAACGACACUCCAAGACGCAGGAGAGCCGUAGUGAAGAGAAGGAUGAUUCUCACGAAUCUGAACUUGAGGUAGCACCAAAAGGUUUCCAUCGGCGGGGAUGGAGCCCGGGGGUGCAACGCACCCGAGACGGGACGACUCAGCGCCACGAAUCAACAGACACGUCAUCGGCCACGUCACCAGCCGAUAAUUCCGGCGCUGUAGUAGCACAGCACAAACUAACGACUUCACAUCCAAGUCUCUUGGAAGACUACCCUAGUAAAGAAUCCAAUGUGACAGUCAGUACAUGUCCCCCUCAGGGUGCGCAGGCGCAGCCAGAUGCAGGGGGUGCAUCUUCCGUGAAGAGAAGACUUGGUUCUGUCACUCGGGACUCAAUCGAUGAGACAACAAAAGAAGAAACGACAUCAGAACCCAAAAAGCUGAGUCGAAGGUGGAAACGACCGGGUGCCGUCCGGAUCCGGCCUGCACGGUCGGCAGAAUCUGUGAACUGCCCACAAUCCGGUGACUCUGUUUCCUAUAGUAGUGGACGCCAAUCCAGUAUGGGCAGCUUAGCGCCGUCUGGAGAGGGCGAAACUCGAAUUUGAGUUUGUGACUUCACGUAACGGACGGAAAGACAACUCUCAAUACGACUGUGGUUGGUUCUUUAAAGAUCUGUAAUUGAUCUACUUUUCCAGUUUUUGCAUUUGAUAUAUAUAUCUUACGCCAAGUAAUGCGGCAUGUAUAUUAUAUGGCAUAACGCGACAUGACGUGUUUUGAUUGUUCAGUGAAACAGUGAACCUAGUGUGUAUUCCAGAUGAUGUCCAGGAUUUGUGUGUGUGGCAGCUAGCCUCCUCUAACAACCAGGAAGAAAGACAAGUGGAGCAAGACAAUCCAUGGAUAUUUCGUGAAGGGUAUUUAAAGUACAACAAUGAAAUAUUAUUAGAAAUGUUUUCAGAACUUGCCAAAGGUUCAAUUUAUUGCCAGUAAUUGGCAAGACUGUUUGAAAAUGUUGAUAUUUCUCAUUCACAUAAUAAUAACUGAUGACUGCUGUAUGUUUUGAAACCCUUGUGCUCCGAUCCUCUAGGGGCUCCUUAGGGCUCCCCAGGGAUCAUCUUUAUGUUCCAGUCACCCUUGGGAAUCUACAGUAGAGUUAGGGUUAGGGUUAGGGUUAGGAUUAAUUUUAGGAAGAAACAUUAGGGGUGUUGGAAUUAUAAGGGUGUUGGAAUGCAGGGGUGUCGGAACAUAGGUGUACCAUUGUAUUGAAGGGAUUCAGUGAAUUGUGCAUCGUUUUCCGACUGAUAGUUUACUCAAGUCAAGCAAACUAAAAUGCAAUUAUCUCUAAAAACGUUUUUUUGUGAACUGACAUCUGGGGUCAAGUCAUAGAACUGUGUAUGAAUCACACACUUAGCCAAUCACAGAGAACUAUCUCAGCAGAAACGGUAACCAGAAAUGUCCCACAUGAAUGUUAGUAAAUGGUUCCCUUGUUAUUUGCGUAGCGGGUGUUUAUACAAGCAAUAAUAGGAGACUGUAGUGACACAAGGUGGCAGCAGACUUACCAGGUAAAAGCAAUAGUUUGUUUCUCUGAAGGGUGUUCAUGCUAAGAAGUAUUCCUAUGAAGUAAUAUUUAUACAGAGUAUAGCCCAUCAGUGUCGAAAGACAAUUAAAAUGGCAAAAAAAGAAAACAAAGCCUACUCUCUUAAUGUAAAAGAGUGAAAAAGCACUCUUUGAAGAGCCACAUG